AUGUCCUCAGAGUCCCCAAAGCUAACAGCAGUGGUGCAUGAGCCGACCGCCAAACACACCGCGACAGUGAUCUUCUUGCAUGGAUUCGGCGAUUCCGGAGCUGGAUGGCAACUAGGUGCCUAUUUGCCACAUGUCAAGUUUAUAUUCCCCAACGCUCCAGCGCUCCCCAUAACCAUUAACGGGGGCAUGUUGACACCUGCCUGGUACGAUAUUAUAUCCAUCUCGUCUAUUAGCCACCAACAGGACGAAAAAGGUCUCAUCCACUCACGUCAACAAGUGAUGCGACUGGUACGUGAGCAGGUGGAGGUCGCCGGUAUCCCUGCGAAUCGAAUUGUGAUCGGAGGUUUCUCGCAAGGCUGUGUGCUCGGACUCCUGACAGCACUGACAUCUGAGUACAAAUUCGCAGGUAUUGUGUCCUUGAGUGGAUACUUGCCAUUGCACACAAAGAUCGCAAGCAUGGUAGCGGAUGCGAACCGCAAGACGCCUAUCUUUUGGGGCCACGGUACAGUUGAUCAGAUGGUCAGGUACGAGUUUGGCGAGCAGUCCGUCGAGUUCUUGAAGAAGCACAAGUACAGUGUUGACUUCCAUACAUACCCUAACAUGGGCCAUAGUGCAUGCGAUGAGGAACUCGGUGACUUGCUGACGUUUCUGAAGAAGACCAUUCCUGAAGAGCAGCCUAUCAUGGCCAAGGCAUGA